UCGCUUUUAUUAGUUUAGUAACAAUAAACUUAGUACAUGCACAAAACGGCCAAACUUUCCUGCAGCAGAUAUGGCCGUUAUCUGUUUCUACAGCCCACAGGAAAUGAAACAGCACCCUCUGUGUCAAUCAACAUUUGUGAUGGCAGGUUUUAAAUGGAAAAUAUCAUAGAAAACAGGCCUGAAUGUGUCAACAAAUAGCCAACCAAAUGUUGCACAUUGGGAAAGUCAAAUUGAACAAAGUGCUCUGAAGAAUAAGAUCACAUCAGUUUUACAUUAAUUUCCAGCAUCAAAGUAUCCAGAAAAGUAAGUCCAGCACAUCGUAAAUAAAUUAAAAGUCAUAAAGCUGACGUUUUCUUGCUAGCCUUUUAAAGCUGAACUCUAGAAUUAAUCUCAAGGCCUGAGCAGCAUGAAGGAUGAGAUAAUGUCUUUGGAGCCGACGUCUUGGUGAAGCAAAGGGUUGGAUAGCGUGACAGAUAGAGAGUGCGCAUCUUUUAAACACAGCACUAGAGAGAGGAGCAGCACGCAGCACGGGAGCAAACAAACCAUGAUGGAUCUUUAUGUCAGAGGCACCACGUGGAUAAUACUCAUGCUCUUUAUGAUUCCAGACCUUACCCACAGCAGUUCUUGCCCCAGCAGCUGCCGAUGCAGCCCUCAAGGCGCUGCCAUCUGUAUUGGCUCCACCAUCACGGAUAUACCGCCUCUGCCUGUCCACACGUACCUGCUGCAGCUUAGUGGUACAAACAUGAAUGUCAUAAAUGAGCAAAGUUUAGCAAAUCUGGACCUCCUGCUGCGUUUCGGUCUCAUAAAGAGUCAUCUACACACCGUCCAUCCUCGGGCUUUCCUCGUAGCUCCCCAGCUCAAGUCUGUCAAGCUGUCAUCUAACGAUCUCUCGACCCUUCCUUCUCGAGUGUUCAGUCCACUUGCUACUCUUGAGCAGCUGCAUCUAGAUGGGAACCAGUUUGAGAACAUUCAUCCAGAUAUGUUUGAAGGACUCGGCGGGUUGCAGGACCUGGACCUAAGCCGCAACAAACUCAGGAGUCUUGAUUCAGACAUAUUUGAAGGCCUGUCCAACCUCACCUUUCUGAAUCUUGGAAGGAACUUCAUAAAGAAGCUUCCUCCUACCAUCUUUCACUCCUUGACUAAACUUCAGCAGCUUAUACUCUAUUACAACGAACUAGAAUUUCUAGAAGCUGACAUCUUUGACAAACUCAUCAACCUCGUGGAGCUAAAACUCCAUCAUAACCAGAUUGCCAGCCUUCCACCUAAAGUCUUCUGGCCUCUGGGGAACCUGAAAACCCUGACCUUAUCCUCCAACCAACUUCAGACCGUCCCAGAAAAAAGCUUCUACAACAUGCCAAAGUUGAUCAAACUCACCAUUUACAAGAAUCCACUAUUAUCUCUACCAGAUGAGCUGAUGGGUCACAUGCCUGACAUGACAGAGUUUUAUCUAUAUGCCACCAACCUCAUCACGGUUCCUGGAAAUUUGUUUGCUAACAUGUCUGGGCUGCUGAUGCUGAACUUCCAUUUAAAUGACAAUCUGAGGGACCUUCCACCAGAUGUUUUCUGCUGUCUUCCAAACCUUCAGAAGCUCUCGCUGAAAUCCAACAACCUCCAUUAUCUUCAUCCCCAGCUAUUCUCCAAACUAACCAACCUGAAGAAACUUCACCUCAAUGACAAUAAGUUGUAUGGCCUACCAGAAAAUAUCUUUAAGGGUCUUGGAGAGAUUCUUGAAAUUUUAUUAACGAAUAACAACCUUAGCAGUCUUCCAGGAGAUAUUUUCGUGUCCCUUCCAGCUUUGAUGAAUCUGACUCUGAGUGGAAACCCCUGGGGUUGUAAUUGUGCUAUCAGAGGCAUUGCAAGAUGGAUAAGACACAAUGAGCAUGUGCUUUGGGACAGAGAUGACGUGAUGUGUCAUAAUCCAGUCUACCAGCUGCUGCGUACCGUUGGCUCACUGCGUGAUGAAGAGUUCAGCUUUUGCAGUGCUACAAGAGCCAAGAGUUUUCCUCUACAAGAUUUGAGCUGGUCACCAACACAACCACUCCACAGUUUGUCAACCUCUGGACAAACAUCAGGUUUAACUUCCAUAACCACACCCCCCACAACGGCUACUCAAUCCAAGCAAGCGGCUUUCCAAACCACACAAGGAGCUACCCAAAAAGUCACCGACAAAAUAACCACCCAGACUGUAAAAGCAACCACAUCAGAUGAUAUAACACUCUCAGCAUCACUUUCCACUGAACUUAUUGGUAAAUUUGCUCAGAACAUGUCACCUCCUUUUCAUGGCAUAUUGGUGAUUGAACCGGGGCCUGAGUUUGUCCACCAUAACCAUCAGAAAGGCUGGGUGUAUGUGUGGUUUCUGCCCUCAAACACGGCUUUGGCUGGGUUCCUUAUGUUCUUUCACAUCCUUCUAGUAGCUGCAGGGUUGUCGCUCAUCCUUGCUACCAUGUAUGGCAUGUAUCGCCUCCACAAGGCCAUGUAUAAGCUAAAGUCUGAGUGUGCUCGUAAUGAGGCGUAGCGCUGGCUUAUCAGGCUGGUGCACAACUAGAUAAACGAUCCUCUUCUAGCAACAGAUGACAAUUACUGUGUUUGUUUUCUCUGAGCACCCUUCCUUAGGAACAUCAGACUUUGAAAGUGACUUUCAAAAUAAUAUGAUUGAACCCUGUGGGAUUUUUUUCAGAAAAAAGUACAUUUAAAUGGUGUUACAUUUAAUUUUAUAUGAAAGCUAAACUAAUGUCUGUCAAUAGGAUACGAAGCAAAUAUUUGAAUGCUCAUCAUUCAAAUGGGAAGAUUUUAGGCCUAUUUUGAAACCGGGUAGCUAUGCAGACUGCUAAAGUCCUAGCAUCUGUUCAUGUCCAAAUUAUUCAAAUUAAAAGUACCCAACACUGGUAACAAAUAUAACACACACCAGCCUAAUAACUCGUACUUGACGUUGCAGCCACAUAUCAGUGUAAAAGCCAGCAGCAAUAGCAGAUGCAUGCUAUGAUACACAUAUUCAAACUCUUUAAAAAAAUAUGUAUGUGUAAUAAUGAUAAUAAUGAUAAAAUAAGAGCAUUGUAUAAUGUCUGUAUACAUAUAUCAUUGUUUAUUCUAUAGUGGUACAGUUUCUGUUAAAGCCACAUACAGGUAAAGAACCACAGUUUCAAGUCCACCUGUUUUCCACUGUUAGUUUUUCAAGCAUAUAAAGUGAAAACCUGGUUUCUGCCACUCGUCUUUUGCUUUCACCAUGUCUUCAGUCAUACACACUGAUGCCUGUGCUGUAUUUAUAAAUGUACGUUUUAUUUACUAUGCCAAGACUACAGUGCUUCAGCAGCUUAUAGAUAACACACGUCAGUAUUCAAGCUGCGUCUCAGGUGAUUUGUUUCCCUCCGGUGGUGGAUACUUGAAACUGCAAGAAGAAAGAGAAGCGCACGACUGGACAGUGUCUACUUUUAUAUUUGUGCGACGUACAAAUCUUUAUUUCAAAAUGUUAAAGAUGUGUGUGUCAUCUGUUUGACCAUCACCUCUGUUAUUGUGAAUUUGUUUCCAAAUGACUGCAGCUACACUUUAUACACCAAGUGCCUGCUGUGUAUUUCUCCUUGUAUGGCAAUCUAAUGGACUUUUUUAAAACUGCAUGUAAGCUGUGAUGCUGUCAUUUUUUUUAAUUUUAUGCCAUGAAAAUUAUGAUUAAAGUUUUUUCU